ACGAGGAAUGUGAAUAGCGUCCGGCUUCUUCGUCUUUUCCGUGGGUCGUAGUGAGAAGCAAUAAACCAGUGAGAAGCUUCAAUCUUCAGAAGGGAGAGGGGGUGGCUAGAGAGAGAGAUUUCGAGGGAGAGCACCUGUAAGGUCGUCACCGGUUGAGGAAGAAGUCGAUAUUCGUUCGGACCCCGAGGUAGAGAUUAAUCUGCUGGUUUGAGGAUUGAAGAGGUAGAGGUCGCUGAAGUGCUGAGAAGCAUCAAUCGCAUUGCUGUCAUGGAGGAGGUUGGCGAAGUAACUGUGACUGCGACAAACGAAGGAGGGCCAAGUGAAGAAGUGAAGAAUGGCUACAUGUUGUUUAGACGAGAAUUUCUUAAGGGUGGGGAGAAGUUUAAGAAUAUGUCUGAACAAGCGAAAAAGGCAUCAAAGGCAUGGAAGCAGUUGACACCAGAGGAGCAGAAGAAAUACAGUGAUAGGGUGAAGCAAUCAAGAAAGGAAGGGAUGAAGAAGAAGAGGAAGAAAAAAGUGGCUUUUAGCACUCGUUGCUCGGUUCGGCAAUUUAAGUCAUUAGUGGACUUCAUAAAAGAUGAUGAAGAUUUGAAAGUGAGGGUACAAAAUUUAGGCUUUGGCCAUUUACUUGACAUUGGAUGUGAGAGACUCCCUCGUGACCUCAUAGUAUGUGUUCUCCGAGCAUAUGAUCCGCCUACCCAUCAAUUUCUAAUAAGAGGGAUAAUAAAGGAAAUAGAAGCAAAUGAUGUUGCAAACUUGUUGGGUGUACCCCACACAGGGGAGAAGGUAAAAAUGGACGUAUGUGAUGAUGAUGAGACAUACCAGAGGUUGAAGGAGGAAUUUGGUAAAGUCCCUUAUACGAAGAUACUCAAUGACAUUAAAUCUGGGCAGAAGAAAGAUGAGUUUGAGUUCCUGUUUAUGCUGUACACACUUGGGAGUUUUUUAACUCCUACUUCACAAACAACUGUGAGUGACAAGCUAAUAAGAGUCAUGUGCUGUACCAUGAAGGGAUUUCACCAAUUUGAUUGGGCCACGUACAUUGUGAAGCACUUGUGGAAAGAGAUGGGAGAUUAUGUGAAAGUGUACACAAAAGCAAAGAAAGACGAAGAUGAAGAUGAAGGAAGCUGCAAUGUGGGAGGAUGCAUCUACCUCCUGUUGUUAUAUUUUGCUGAGCACUUCCCACUAUCCAAAACUGUUGAGAGAGGGUCCCUAAAUGCCAUUCAAUUCUGGACUGAUGAGAGGAUAAGGAAGCUGGAAAAGAAGGAGAGGGAAAGCAAGAGGGGUUUACUGUAUAAGGGCAAGGGAGUAUGGAUAGAAGUGGGAAGGAUGAAGGAAAACGCAGAAGUGUGGCUCAUUUACACCCGGAGUUACAGAAGUUGCACGGACGAUUGA